AGGCAGUGCCAUGGACGCCUUCCGGGAGGUGUUUGAGAAGGUGAAGAAGAUCGGAGAGGGCACCCAUGGAGUGGUGUACAAGGCUCGCAACAAGCGCACAGGGCAGCUGGUGGCCCUCAAGAAGAUCCGCUUGGAUCCGGAGUCAGAGGGUGUCCCUAGCACUGCCAUCCGAGAAGUCUCACUUCUGAAGGAGCUGGAGCACCCCAACGUAGUCAGGCUCUUGGAUGUCAUACACAGCCAGAAGAAGCUCUAUCUGGUGUUUGAAUAUCUGAAUCAGGACCUGAAGAAAUACUUGGACUCAUCCCAAACCGGAGAGCUUCCUUUAAGCUUGGUCAAGAACUACCUUUUCCAGCUGCUGCAGGGUGUGAACUUCUGCCACUCACACAGAGUCAUACACAGGGACUUGAAACCAGAGAACUUGCUCAUUAACGAAGCAGGAGUAAUCAAGCUGGCUGAUUUUGGACUGGCAAGAACUUUCGGAGUUCCCCUACGCAAAUACACUCACGAGGUGGUGACUCUGUGGUACCGAGCCCCUGAAAUACUGCUGAGAUGCCAGUACUACUCAUCUGCUGUGGAUAUGUGGAGCAUCGGCUGCAUCUUUGCAGAAAUGGUGACCAGGAAGACUCUGUUUCAAGGGGACUCUGAGAUUGAUCAGCUUUUCCAGAUCUUUCGCACCCUGGGCACUCCCACUGAGGCGACCUGGCCUGGGGUGACCCAGCUGCCUGACUACAAGGAGGACUUUCCCAAGUGGACAAGGAAGGAGAUGAAGCAAAUUACUCCCACAUUAGAUCAAGAUGGUAUAGACUUACUGGUGCAAUUUCUCCUGUACGAUCCCCGCAGCCGCAUCUCAGCCGAGGCAGCCCUCCAUCACCAGUACUUCUGCAGAAGCUCUCGGAGCUCUGAAGAGCGACGUGCGCCGCAGAGACACCGCAAAUGAGAAGACACAGCUCUCCCCAUGCGCUUACACCUCCGGACAGUGGUGCAGAUCUGCCUUUGGGCACUUAGCAGGGGGCUGG